UAAACUCAGAUCAAAAAAGGAUAUUGAUUAAUUAAUUGCUCGUUGAUUAAAGACAACUCAUCAAUUAGAAAAGAAAAUGUUUCGAUUUGUUUUAAUCGCUGCUACUUUGACUUUCGUCGCUUGUGCUGCAAAUUUUCAAUCAGAAUUUGCCUCAUUCAAAGCAAAACACAACAAGAACUAUGCUCAUCCCAAGGAAGAAUCUUAUCGAUACCAAGUUUUCGCUAAGAAUUUAAAGAAAAUCAAUGAACACAAUGACCGACACGCCAAAGGUUUGGAAACUUAUUCAAUGGGAAUCAAUGCUUUCACCGACAUGACUUUCGAUGAAUUUUCUCACCAAUAUCUUGGCUUAAAUAUGUCAAUUAAUCGAGCCCCAGCUCCAUUGAUCCACAAUCGAAACUCAGUUUCUGAUCUUCCCGAAACUGUCGAUUGGCGUGAAAAGAAUAUCGUUAACCCGAUUAAAGAUCAAGCUCAAUGUGGAUCGUGUUGGGCAUUUUCCACCAUCGCCUCCAUUGAAAGUGCUUGGGCUCAAUCUAAAAACCAACUUGUCUCUCUUUCUGAACAAAACAUGAUGGACUGUUCAUACCCUCAGGGCAACAAAGGUUGUAGUGGAGGUCUAGUUGACAAUGCAUUCGGAUAUGCAAUCAAAUCGGGUGGUCUGGACACUGAAGACUCUUACCCUUACACCGCCACUUCAAGUAAGGACUGCAAAUGGUCAAAGGACAAUGUCGGUGCCUCCAUAUCAAAAUACGUCGAUAUCCCAAAUCGAGAUGAAAACGCCUUGAAAAACGCUGUCGCUGAACGAGUUGUUUCCGUCGCCAUUCAUGUUGGCGAUGAUUUCCAACACUACAAAUCUGGUAUAUUCGACAUGCCUUUCUGCUGGACAAUUACUCUUAAUCAUGCAGUCGCUCUGGUCGGAUACGGAACUGACCAUUGGAUCUUGAGAAACUCAUGGGGAACCAGUUGGGGCGAAAAUGGUUACGCUCAAUAUGCUUUAGGUAAAAAUCUCUGUGGUGUUGCUAAUUCAGCUUCUUAUCCAUUGGUCUAAAUUGUUAACAAUUAAAAGUUACAUUACAGUUAAUUGCGAACAUCGUUUCGAUGUUUCUGACACUUAAUUGUGAUCAGCUUAGCAAUUAAUCAUCGAAUAAGUUUAAUCAAAAGUCUAUUAAAAUUCUGAUUAGUUAUGAUUAUGACUAAUAAUUGAUCUAAAAACUUUCUAAAAUUAAUUGUUAAUCUAAUCACAAUUAAGCGUCUAAAUAUUGAGAUUUUUUCUUACCGAACUGUAAAUUAAAUAUGUUAAAAUUAAUUGUUAUUCUAAAUUAAAUUUAAAAAUAAACAUACAUUUAAAUCAUUA